GCAGAGAAGGAGCUGGAGCCGCUCGGCUACAGCGCCGGGCACGACUACAUGGGCAACGUCGUGCAGCCGGUAUCGUGCAGCAUUAUUCUGUUCUUCGCGUCGGGCUACGUGUGGCAGCUUUGGGCGUGCCUUGCGGGAUGGUCGAUCUUCAUGAUGAUCUUCUCUCGCUACCUGCAUUUGCGUGCCGUUCGCAGGUGCUACUUCACCACGAGCCGAGUCGACACCGAGGCCCUCGUGUGGUUUGCGGCGCCCCUCUCGCUGGUGCUCGCGUCGAGCGGCUUCUGGGCGGCGCGGUUGCGAGGCUGGUCUCCGUGGGUGGUGCUCUUCGCGUGGAUUUUCGGUGGCGCCACCUACUUUUUCCUGCUGACCGUCUGCGUUCGCCCCCUGAGCCUUCCCAAGGAGGAGGUGCACGCCUGCUUCCGGGCCACCUACGACGAGGUGCGGGCUCGCCGCUUCUACGACUGGCACAACUGCAACCCCAUCAAGGGAGGGGCACUCGGAGGAGGCCGCGUUUGCGCUGCGCUGCAACUACGUCGCGCACGGCGGCAAGCCUUGCGCUCGACAGGUCCCCGUGGGCUACCUUACCAGCUGCAGGCACCUCUUCUGCGACGAGCAUGCGAAGGAAGACAGCCGGAGGAAAUUCUGGCGGCCGCCAGCGAGGCGUUCUGCUUCUGGACGGGACAGAAGAUCUUGGAACACGAUCGGCGCGCGGCGGACAUGGACGGCCAGCGGGCGCGCGGGGCGGAGCUGCGGGCGGCCUACAAGGAGCGCGCCUCCGCCGCGAGGGCGGCCGCCGACGGGCUGAAGGAGGAGAACGCGGUGCUCGGCAAGUGCCUGAAGGGCGCCCUCGGCUGCGCGGAGAGGCUCCAGGCGGAGAGGGAGCAGCUGCGGGGGCGCAUGGCGCAGCUGCGCCAGGCCGGGGAGCGGCGGGCGGCCGCAGGCGCCACCUGGCGCCCGGCCACAGCCGAGGACUGGGCGGCGGCGGCGCCCCCGCGGCGCUCGCGCGGCGGCGGCCGCGGCGCCCCUCUGCUCGGCCGUCGGGGGGCGGCGGCCGUCCACCGCGCGCGCCAGAUCCUGGCCGGGCCGGCCCUGCUCGGGCGUUGCCCGCGGUGCCCCAACGGGACCCCGAGCGCUGCUGGAUGCGGCGCGCUUCGAGCAUGGAGGACCAGUGAGCCCGGGACAGGGCGGGGGGAUCAUACGUAGAAGGAGAGUGCAGCGGCGGCAGGGAGUUUCGCUUCGAAUUCAGCGUUUUGCGGUAGCGUGGUGGCUACAAGGCACAUCAGUAAUUCGCCCAUCGCACGGCUGGCCACAGCGUGCGUAGAAGCUGAUGCAGCUCUGCCCAUAGCUAGACUGGCCUGCUGGAAAGGGGGAAACAACAAUUGAUCAG